GCUGUCAGAGCAGAAACAGGCAAAUCCAAAUCAUCACCAAGAACUUCUUCACAAAUAAGAUCAAAAUGAGAUCUGCUGCUGCUUUUAUUGUUCUUGCUUGUCUGCUUAUGGUGCAUGUACAAGGACAGGCCAGGUCUGGCAUAAAGAGAUGCUUAUGUCAAGGUCCUGGGGUGAACAUGGUUCGUCGACAACGUGUUGAGAAGAUUGAAAUUCAUCCUGCUGGUCCAUCUUGUGAAAACAUGGAAAUUAUUGUCACUUUGAAGAACGGCGCAGGGCAAAAAUGCCUCAACCAAGAAUCCAAUUUUGCCCAGAAUUACAUCAAGAGGGCCAUUCCAGACAGGAGUGAUCAGUAAAGCAAGUUGGAAAACACCAGCGACGAUAUGGAAGACGAGGCUGUGAAUCAUCUUUUUUUUCCACUCUGAUAGUGUGCCCUGCUAUCUAGUUAACUGACAUAAGUAUAUGAAAUGUUUUUCAAUAUUGUAAAAUUUUAAAUACUGUUGAUUCAUUCAUGAGAGUGAUACCACUGUGUAUUUCCAGAUAUAUAAUGUACAAUCUAAUCAUUUUAUUAGAUUAUUUUGCUUUUUGUAUAUGUUAUCAGUUUUGAUGUCUUAACUGCUUUACCUCUAUAUAUUAUGUGCUGUAUCUAGAAUACAAUAUAUUGUGCAUAUAAAGAUGCUGGACAGAGAAAUAUCUAAUAAAACAUACAUUGGAAACUUUAGAUGAAAAUAUAAUAUACUACUCGUUAGCAACAUGCCAAUGACCUGUUUUUAAUCAUGUCUGCCCACCAUCAAAUUUCAGCAUUUGUAGAUGUGAAGUAUCACAUUUGCAAGGUCAAAUAUUAGAUAAACAAUCGCAACUAGAUUAAAGAGACAAUUUAGGUCAGGGAUUUACUGAAGCAACACAACCAACAACAGCAAAAUGUUUUAUUUAACCCUUGUGUGGUGUUGAUGGGUUUGUUACUCAGAGGUCUGGUGGGCCCACCGCAUUAUACUUGUUUUAAAUCAAUACAGUCAUAACAAUUUAGG